AACUCAGAAAUGCAGUUUUGAGCUUAAUUUUCUUUAUAAAUGUGCUUCUUCAUCAGAAAGAUGCUACAAAAACACGUUAAAAAAUACCAGAGUGGGUCUUUCACGCUUAUCUUUUCGAGGUGAGUUGGCAUAGAUUGAUGAUUAUGGGAUGGAUGGGUUGUUUUCCUUUGAGCUGAAACAUGUGGGACAUGUUCUGCUAAAGGUUUUCAUGUCUCCAGAGGAUUGUGUUGCAGGAAUGGAUCCAGGAUCUCCUCUGCCUCAGGAUGAAGGGCGUGUUGGAAAUUCCUCCUCCUGACAGCAGCUGGUGUUUCUCUGCAGACGGAGCUUUUGGGCUCAGACGGUCUGCCGGCUCUUCAACGGCUGAAACUCAUCAUUUUGAUGAGCAAAGAACAAACAAACCUCUGAAACUGGGUUUCUGUUCAAAGCAGUGGGAUGUGAAGAGGACAAAGGCCUCUGGUGCCUGCUCCACGGUGGACAAACAGUGAAGAAAAACCAGAUAAAAGUUUGUCUUUGAAUUCAUGUUUACUCUGCAGCAGAUGGAGGUGAUUUUUCCUCAGUCAAGUACUGUUUUUAGGAUCAGGAGGCUUUUUUCCUUCCUCCUCCUCCAGCUUUUGAUGAAGUGAAAGGGCUCCUGCAGCCUCUCACAGGCCCCGCCCACCGUCCUGGCCCGAAACUAACGGGCUUUUCAGCGCGUGAAGAUCAGCGGAGACAUCAGAGGAAAAGCCGCUCGGUUCGGUUGACAUGGACGUGGCUGAAGACGAGGACUACUUCUACCAUGAGAACAUCAGCUUCAACUUUAGCUACGACGACUUCCCCACCGUGUGUGAGAAGGAGGACCUGCGGGCCUUCGUGGCGCUCUUCCUCCCCGCCGCCUACGCUCUGUGUCUGGUAGCAGGACUGGCGGGAAACGCUCUGGUUGUGGGCGUCUACGCUUACCGCAAACGCCUGAAGACCAUGACAGACUCCUUCCUGGCCCACAUGGCCGCCGCCGACCUGAUGCUCAUCUUCACGCUGCCCUUCUGGGCUGCUGGUGCCGCCAGGGGCUGGGAGCUGGGGGCGGUCCUCUGUAAGAUGGCGUCGACCUCCUACACCGUCAACUUCCACUGCUGCAUGCUGCUGCUCGCCUGCGUCAGCCUGGACCGCUACCUGGCGCUGGCCCGGCUGCAGGGGGGGCAGCAGAGGCGGGGCCUGCAGGGGGCGUUCAGCAGGAAACACUGCUGGAAGGUCUGCCUGGCGGUCUGGACCACAGCCUUCCUUCUGGGCCUUCCAGAUUUGAUAUUCUCAGAGGUCAGACAAGCAUCCAGCAGGAACGCCUGUCUGCUCAUCUACCCCGCAUGGAUGGCGCCAGGCGGGACAGCGGUCCUGGAGGGGGCAGAGGUGCUGCUGGGGUUCCUGCUGCCUCUUCUGGUCAUGCUCGUCUGCUACUGGAACGUCUGCAAAGUCCUCACAGGUCUCCCCGCUGAGAGGAAAGGCAAGAAAUGGAGAGCGGUGCGAGUCCUGCUCCUGGUGGCCGGCGUGUUUUUGGUCACCCAGCUGCCGUAUAACCUGGUGAAGGCGUUCCGGGCCGUAGACUCCGUCUACCUGCUGGUGACCCACUGCGGGACCAGUAAAGCUCUGGAUCAGGCCGCUCAGGUGACGGAGAGCCUGGCUCUCACUCACUGCUGCUUCAAUCCCAUCCUGUACGCCGCGGCCGGCUCCAACUUCAGGCAGGACCUGACCAGGAUGGCCAAAACGUUGGGAGAGAAGAGGAGGAAGAGGAGGAGGAAGAGAGGAGGAACAUCUGCGGCUGAGGAGGAGGCGGAGACGUCCUUCAACUCCCACAGCCAAUCGGAGGACACCAAGACUUUCUCCAUCUGAAUGAUCCCGUUCACGAGUGUUCGAGUCCGGCUGAGGAAACUGGUUUGGUCGUUUAGAACGUCCUCUCCACAUGAAAUCGGAGAAAAACCCUUUUUUAUGGAAGGAUGUUUGAGAAGUUGCAGCAACAUGAAGAUUCCCUCACAAACUUUGGUUUCCGCUCAGAUUCUCCUGAAAACCUCCAAUGGAAGGACGGAACAGUUUGUGCUCUUCUGUUCCUGGUUCCCUGUCCUGUUCACACUGUCCGACCAUGGAUCUGGAUCUCCCUCCCCAACAGGCUUCCACGACAUCUGAUCUUAAAGAAACCGUCAUUUUAGAAAGGACAGAUGAGUGAACGUCGGUGACGCUGUAGAAACAUCUGCAUCUUCAGGAAGAAAACCUGUCCGUCAGGAUUUUUCCAGCUCUGAAACUUUUCUGCUUUUUGUUUAUGAAGAAACGACGUGAAGGAUGUUUGCAGAUGUGCUCGCUGCAUUUCCCAGCUUUGGAUGUAGAAAACCUCAGUCCUAACACAAGCUGUUGACGGUCUUUUUCCUUUUUUUGUUUUAACUUGUUCUGUCCAACAACUGAGCAAACAGAUUACAGCUGAAGGUCUUCUGUGUUGGACAGGUU